AUACAAGGCACAAAAAGCAUAUUUCUUUUGCGAUUUUGAGUGUGGAUUUCCCACCAUGUCAAAAAGAUGCUGCGCCAAGACGUGCUUCAACUCGCAAGUGAAUGACAAAUCGGGCAAAACAUCCUACUUUGGCGUCCCCAAAUACGAGGAAUACGCCCACAAGUGGCUCACGGCAGCCGGCCGCGAGGAUCUACUCUCCAAGCCACUCAUCAAGCUGGUGAAGUACUUCAUCUGCUCUGACCAUUUCGAACCGCACUGUUUCUAUCCCGGAUCCAAGAAGACGAUACUGCGGAAGCAAACACACCCUCUGGAAAUCCCCAUUCCCACAAUCUUCAAGUCAAACAUCGAGAAAUUCGUCCCGAAGGCGCUGCUAAACAGUCCGGAAGCAUCGAGUAGAGAUGAAACUGAGACAGAAGCAUCAUCGAAACUCACCAAGAUGAAAGUCCUGAAUGAGAAGAUGUUCAUUGCCGAGGAAGAUCAUCUGGAAGACACCAAUCCGGACAUGGUGGAUUUUGAAAUGCUGGAAGAAGAGAACUUGGUGAAGGACGAAGAAGAUGCAGAGGAGGAAAAAGAUGUAUUUGCCAAUGUGUGUCGUCUGUGCAGUAAAAAGAUCGAGACGAAUGCGUCCAUUCAGUUGGUGCCGAUCUUCAGGCGAAAGGACAUUGUUAAGAUGCUGAAUGUAAUUUUGCCAAAUGUGAUCCAGCAAGACGACGGAUGGCCGCAGGACAUUUGUGACCUGUGCAUAGAAAAAGUGAAAUUGUGCGACAGUCUUAUUAAUUCCUUCGUUAACGCCCAGGAAAAUUUUUUGCACAUGAGUUGAUAAAGCUCACGAAGAGUCGGAAGACUUUUGGAUCUCAAGCAUGGUAAAAUUUUUCCACACUUUAUUAUAUCAGUGAUUAAUAUAAAUUGUACAU